AUGGCGAUGACACUGUUGGAAGACUGGUGCAGGGGGAUGGAUGUGAACUCCCAGAGAGCCCUGUUGGUCUGGGGAAUCCCAGUGAACUGUGAUGAGGCUGAAAUCGAAGAGACCCUCCAGGCUGCGAUGCCCCAGGUGCCCUAUCGAGUACUUGGGAGAAUGUUUUGGAGGGAAGAGAAUGCAAAAGCAGCCUUGUUAGAGCUCACUGGCGCUGUCGAUUACGCCGCGAUCCCCAGGGAGAUGCCGGGUAAAGGAGGGGUCUGGAAAGUGGUCUUUAAACCCCCGACUUCCGAUGCUGAAUUUUUAGAAAGGCUGCACCUCUUCCUGGCGAGGGAGGGGUGGACCGUGCAAGAUGUUGCCCGCGUCCUUGGGUUUCAGAACCCUGCUCCGGCCCCAGGCCCAGAUAUGCCGGCAGAGAUGCUAAACUAUAUUUUGGAUAAUGUUAUUCAGCCUCUUGUUGAGUCCAUAUGGUACAAGAAGCUGACGCUGUUCUCUGGGAGGGACAUCCCGGGGCCGGGGGAGGAGACCUUUGAUCCCUGGCUGGAACACACUAAUGAGGUCAUAGAGGAGUGGCAGGUGUCUGAUGUAGAAAAGAGGCGGCGGUUGAUGGAGAGUCUUAGAGGCCCUGCCGCUGAUGUCAUCCGCAUCCUCAAGACUAACAACCCUGCAAUAACCACUGCUGAAUGCCUGAAGGCCCUUGAGCAGGUGUUUGGGAGCGUCGAGAGCUCUAGGGAUGCGCAGGUCAGAUUUCUGAACACUUACCAGAACCCGGGAGAAAAGUUAUCUGCAUAUGUCAUUCGACUGGAGCCUCUUCUGCAGAAGGUGGUGGAGAAGGGGGCUAUAGAUAAAGAUAACGUGAACCAGGCCCGCCUGGAGCAGGUUAUUGCCGGGGCCAACCACAGCGGGGCCAUCCGAAGGCAGCUGUGGCUGACGGGGGCUGCGGAAGGGCCUGCCCCUAACCUCUUCCAGUUGCUGGUGCAGAUCCGAGAGGAGGAGGCCAAGGAGGAGGAGGAGGAGGCCGAGGCCGCCCUCCUGCAGUUAGGCCUGGAGGGGCACUUCUGAGGCCCAGGAAACCGGCUCUACUGCAGAUCUAGAUCACAGCUGCUUUCCUUGUCUCCAUGCUAUCUUACAGGUGUCUCUUAGUAAAGACUUAGCCAUGUGCUGGGGGGGAGGGGGUUUGAGAGCAGGGAGGCAGCAGGCCUGGGUAUUCAUGUAACAUUAGUACAAUCGUGCAAAUGAGCACCCUGAGCUACUUACUAUUAAGUGAGUCGUACCUAGCUGCAAUGCCAGGUAAAGACUUGUGCACCAGUGCUCAGUGCAAGCUGUCGUUGUGGCAAUCAUGAGUUGUAAAACAUGUGAAUUUGUGACACUUCCCAUUGAGGUAAUUAAGUGUGAAAUUGCAUGUUCUGAUGUUUAGCGCAGAACCUGGCAAACACAAAAAGUGUGCAGUAAAAAUGAUGAGCCGCUAUUACUAAUAUUGUGAAUAGUUCUGUGUUUACAGUAAAUUGUUCCUAAUUUAUAUUAAUGGAAAGAAAUGUGACUUAAUUAGAUACUACUAGUUAUUCAAUCAUACAAAGCAAAUUUCUUAUUUUUCAUCUUGAAACGUCUGGAUCAGUUUAAUUGACAAGUGUUCUGAGACUAUGGAUUGGGGUGUUAGGAAACAAUUCUAGAACUCUGUACAAGAUACAGAUAUAAACUGCAUGGGAAGGUUAUAAAGAACCAGUUACAGUAUCUAGUUCCCCACUUCAAGUCUCAUUGAAUAGCAGUUCUUGUUCAUGCUGAUUCUAAGUGUUCUAAAUUUCAAGUUAUCAAAAUACAUGUAUAUGAAUAAAAAUAUUUUAAAAAUUC